UGGAAGGUUUGUGAAAUGUGAUAAAAAAUGCAAGUCGUUUAAUGUGUGUAGAACAGCGUGUGGUUCAGUAGUUUGAAUGAAUGAAGCAACUGCUGUUACGAAUAGUUGUUUUGUUGACGUUGUGUUUGUAGACCCUUAAAACCGUUAACAUGUCGUGGAUACGGGAAGGUGAAUUAAACAUCCUGGAAAAGAUUUCAGCUAAUAUCCUAAAGGCGGGACCCAUGCCUAAACAUGUGGCCUUUAUUAUGGAUGGUAACCGCCGCUUUGCACGUAAGAAAAACAUGGAGCGUCAGGAAGGACAUAUGCAGGGCUUCAACAAGCUGGCAGAGACACUACGCUGGUGCAAGCAUUUGAACAUCCCAGAGGUUACAGUGUACGCUUUCAGCAUUGAGAACUUCAAGCGCACUAAAGAUGAGGUGGAUGGGCUGAUGGAGCUGGCCAAGCAGAAAUUUGAGAGACUGUUAGAGGAACGGGACAAUCUGGAGAAGUAUGGUGUGUGUAUCCGAGUGUUGGGAGAUUUAAAUAUGUUGCCACAUGACCUUCAGCAAAUCAUUGCCAAAGCAGUGGUCACAACCAAAGCUCACAAUAAAUGUUUCCUGAAUGUCUGUUUUGCCUACACGUCAAGAUAUGAAAUCACUAAUGCAGUGAGGGAAAUGGCUUGGGGAGUGGAGCAGGGCCUGAUCAAUGCAAGUGAUGUUUCAGAGGCGUUGCUCAGUGAGUGUCUGUACAGCAAUAAUUCUCCAAACCCUGACCUUCUCAUCCGUACCUCUGGAGAGGUGCGACUCAGCGACUUCCUUCUUUGGCAGACUUCUCACUCAUGUUUAGUCUUUCAGUCAGUACUGUGGCCCGAGUACUCGUUCUGGAACUUAUGUGAAGCCAUUCUCCAAUAUCAGCUAAGUCACAAAUCCAUUCAGAAAGCAAGAGACCUCCAUCGAGAGCAUCAAACCCUACUGCAGCUAGAGUCGGAUCGUGCCUGUGUAGAAGAACAGCAGAUGCAGCAUCAUGGGAACGGAAAGCCCGUCGACACCCAGAGAAGACAGGAGGCACAGCUGCACUACACCGCCUGCCGGGAAGAACGAGUUCAGGACUUCAUAGACGCAUUAAAGCACAAGAGAGACUCUUUCUUUACUGACUUAUGCAGCUCGGCCAUCUCGGCCUAGGAAUGCUUUAAAGAAGAAACCCUAUGUUGAAGUGGGGAUGAAACCUCUCCUAUCCUCUUCCCAAAAGGGCUUCUGUGAAAAAGGGAAGAGUGAGCGAGUAACUUGGAAGGGUUUCAUUUUGUUGCUGAUUUGUACAAGACGAGAGGGCAAUUUCACCCCUAUGGGGCUGUAGAAUAAUUGUGUUAUUUAUGAUUGUAGAUUUAAAAAGAAGUCUAAUACAUGGAAAUGUCUGGUCAAGAUUUAGUUAAAUACUUGUGUAAAUUGUCUGUCAAAUGCAUGCCAUUGAUCGGAGGCUCAAAUUUUAUGACUGAAAGACAGGAGUCCUGUGUUUUGGAAAUGUUUCCCACGCAGUUCUGCAGAUUAAUAUAAAUCGGUAUAGUUUUGCAUUUUUUUGUUGAGGCCUAAAACAAGUGUCAAAUUGUUGAGUGUGAUGUUACUGAUAUAACUAGAUUUUGACCAGCUUUUUAAAACAGAAUUAAAGUAUGUCUGAUGUA